AUGGAUUAUGAUGGUAGUGGAAGCUCAGACAAUGAACAACAUACUUUGGUAGACGCUAAGAAAAGAGAGAAUAAGAUUUGUCAUCGCCACACUCCUCAACAGAUCCAGAAACUUGAAGGUUAUUUCAAAGAAUGUCCUAAUCCGGGGGAAUCACAGCGACGCAAGUUAUGCAAAGAGCUGAAUCUCGAUCAGGACCAGAUCAAAUAUUGGUUUCAGAACAAAAGAACUCAAAGAAAAGCUCAAGAUGAAAGAUCUUCUAACAUAUUACUUCAUGGUGAAAACAAUAAGAUCCGAUGUGAGAAUGAAGCAAUGCUAGAUGUUUUAAAGAAUGUGCUUUGUCCAGCUUGUGGAGGUCCUUCUUUUGGUAGAGACAAACGCGAGCGCAAUCUCCAAAAACUGCGUUUGGAAAACGCCAUCCUCAAAGAUAUG